CUUACAAGUUACAACAUUGAACUUUACAUCUUCGCAUCUUUAAUCGUCGCUUACGAUGGUACAGACCAACAUUGUCUAAGAGCUUCCAUUCAGGUACCUACAUGUACCUUUACAACAUUAUGCCAAAGAAACAUACCCAUAUAUAGUACUUGGUCUCACGUAAAUGAGCUAUUGUGAAGCUCUAUGAGCUCAUUCGGAUAGGUAUAAUCCAUACCAACUGUCUCUACCGAUGAGAUAACAUGGAAGAGCUACUCACUCCCGUGAGCCAGACUUAUCGAAAGUCGAGCCAACAAGAUGAGCUGUUCCAGCUCUCUAAACCAGUUGAACGAGCGCCAGAAACAGAACCCCAGUUUCGUGGCUCAUCACCAGAAGAGGCUCUUCAGACUCUCAAAAAUCAGCCGAGUUAUGAAGUUCUCCUAUCUGUAUUGAAGUAUCUUCAAAAAGGUUCCCAAGCCAGCCAUGAGUACGACAUUAGGAAACCUAGUCCACAGAGUGCGCAAAUAGUACAUAUACUAGUCACAGAGAUCGUUCCCAAUUAUUGGACUGUAUUACGGGAUGCAUCGUCAGGACCUAGUAAAGGAGAUGCUGAUGUGCUGCUCACCUGCCUACGGAGUCUUACGGGUAUCAAUGCCAUAUUGGCCCAUAUGCGUGCUCUUUUAAAAGAAGCAAAGUCGGACUCAAAAUCCCUAAAAGACUCCCAUGUUACCUUUAGUCUGACUUUCGUUCUAGAGAUGCUGUCUCAACUUCUACAUACUGAUAAUAAUAUGAAACGCAUUUGGCGUAGCACUACUUUCUCAACGAAUGAACACCAGACCCGACCCAUGCGUCAGGAGUUCAUCACCCUAUUUGCCAGUGGGAAGAUUGUUUCGUUAUCUUCCGAGGCAGAAGAUAUCUGUCGACAGGCAGGGAAGCUGAAGGAUAACAUGUGGAUAAGUGAUGCAAAGUCAUACAUUGACUGGCUUGGUAGAAAUAUGGUACGGUGGAUGCGAUCUGUGAUCAACGACGACGACUUGAAGUUGUGUGCCGAAGUAUCAGCGCGUGCAAUACGGCUUGGCAACUCUGAAUGCUUUAUCAAUACACUCUUCACAGGGUUACUUCUUCAAGAUGCAGACACCCAUGCAGUAUUUGCAAAGUUUCUGGGUUUCUUCCCAUCUCUCGAACAGCGCAAGGUCGUUGAUCUCAUUUUGAAGUUACUCACGGAUAGCUAUCUUGUUAACGUUGACAAUAAUGCUACGUUGGCUGAUUCCCCUAUCAUGUCAGCUGCAUCAGAUAUUGUGAAGUUCAUAAUAGGGAACGACGAGAUACGGAAAAACAGUCUCGUGAGUUGGUUAACCAGCGGAUCUGGUGCGGGAAUUGGCGAAGGCUGCGCUAUCAGACGGGUCGUCGUGUCUGUCUUUGCCGAAGACAAGGAGUUUAUGGCGACCAUCUUGGAGAGGAGUCUAAACCAAUUCGGCGAUCAACUAUAUAUCAAACACGCACCAAUACUUCAGCAGGAUGCUCAUGCUCAAGUGUUACUCCUCAGUGCCGGAUACAUCCACAAACUCGCACCGAUAAAACUAACUCUAUCACUACGAUCCAGCGCUUAUCUAAAUGCCAUUUCCAACCGGAUAGGUGCGUCCCAAAGCCGCGCUCGUUUCUUAGGAAUGGUCGUCGGAGAGGCGCUCUCCGGGCUAGUCCAUGGAAAAGAGACCAAGUUGGAUUUCAAAAUGGACGAGAUGGACACGGAAGAAGCACGAUGGUAUAAAUCACUUGUCCAUAUACCAGAAAAGACGGAUUCAUUAGACUCAUUUAAAGACAUUUUUGCUCUGCGAAAAGAUACAAGUACACCAAAACCUACGAAAACGGCACAUACUAAAACCCCAGUCCCAAGGCCAAGGAAAAUACCACCUCAAUCAGGUUUCAUUAUUGAGGAAGUCGAGGAUGAUGAAGACGAUGAAGAUUCAGACUUGGUACCAUAUGCGAAGCCUGAUUCAGACGUCGAUGAUUCGGAUGAUGACCCAACACUCAUUAACCGCAACAAGCCUAAAGCCCCUGUUUACAUCCGGGAUCUUAUUGCAUGCUUCCGAGAUACGGAGAGCUACGACCGACAGAAACUUGCACUUAAAACUGCCCCGGCCUUGAUCCGUCGCAAAGCGAAUUAUGGUACGGAGGUUAGUUCUCAUGCAGAAGAACUUGCUACCCUUCUUGUCGGUCUACAAGAUAAGUAUGAUCUCGAAGGCUUUGACCACCUACGUAUGCAGGGAAUGGUCGCCGUUGUCGUUAGCCAGCCGAAGAAGAUGGGGCAGUGGUUCGCGAAGACAUUCUUCGAUGGCGAUUACUCCUUGUCCCAGCGGGCUUCUGUGCUCAUCGUGUUGGGCCUCGGUGGUCGAGAGAUUGCUGGCUUCGAAGCGUCUGAAUACGCUUCAGCUGAAAAGUUCCCAUCAAAAAUGCUUCCUGCCAAAGUCGAAAAGCACUUUAUCACAUCUUCCUCUGCAAAGACACUCGGGUCCUCGGCUAGUCAGCUGAAGGCCCUUCCCCCGAAUGCGCUUGAUAGUCUAGCCAAAUCCCUCUCACAGACCUUUCUGGCCCCCCUAGCGGCAGAGGCCGCCGACGUGGCAACCGGACCGGACGCCCUCAAGCUCUCGUCUUUCACAUCGCGUUUGAACUCGCAACCCUCCCAACUCGGGAAGAGCAAAGCGAAGCCACGCGUGCGAGCCAUCCCCAACACCACCGCCUCUCUCAUCGCCUCCUCCUUCUUCUUCCCUCUGACCUCCCGCUUCCAAGCAGCAAUGCGCUCCGCAUCCGCCACAACGCGAGGCAUCCUCUUCCAACCGUACCUCCUAACCGUCUACCUCAAAACCCUUGCCCUCCUCCUCCACGCCGCCGGCCCCAGCACCCUGUCCCUCCCGCAGAUGACCGCCGAGUUCUGGGACCUGCUCCUCGGCGUCCGGGGCCAGUGCGUCGGCGACCACGGCGUCACGCAGGCCGUCCUCUUCGGCCUCGUCGCCCUCCUCGACGUCAACGAGGCCAACAUGCGCGGGCUCUGCGAGAGCCAGGGCCGCGAGGUCGUUGAGACAGUUGAGUGGGUGAGCGGGGUCUUUAACAACACGCGUGGUGGUGAUGUGGGGAGUGGUGAGGGAGGGGGCGAGGAGAAUGAGGUCAAGAUGAUGGCGGCGGGGGUCCUGAUUAGAUUGCGUGAGGCGGUGGAUAAGUAUCAGGCGCUGUUGAUGGGGGAUAUGAUUGGGUUUACGUAGGUGUCUAUCUAGGUAGUUAAGGAGAGAGGGGUACAUGAUGUAGGAAGUAUUUGUGUGGUGGACGCGCUACCUAAAGUAGGUAGGUAGAUAGUACAGAGACCAACUACUCAACCUCUUCUCCUAGAUCUUUCCUUUACGCAUUGAAGACAUGAACUUGUGUG